GUGACAUUUGUUUAUUAUUGCGCAAUCACAAUAAAUAAUAGAAGUGUUAAUAUCCUUUUUAUUUUCGAUUUACAAUUUGGUAUACAGUUUUUAGCAGGUGUCAAGUAAAUUCCAAGUAAUAUCAGGAUGGAAGGUAACAGCACGUUUAUGGACAAGGUACGUUCAUUUUUUGGUAUUCGAACUGAGCCGCCGCGCAACGAUUUUCGCAAUCCCAUCUGGAACACAGACGAUGAUGACGACGACGACGAACUGUAUAGUAGACAGCAAAUGGACGUAUUCGACGCUAUGGACUUGCAGAGGGAAUUAAGCCGACAAAUGCAGGAUAUGUUCAACUCUUUCGGCAGCAUGUUCGGCGAUGUGAAGACAUUCUUUCACGAUAGCAACAUGGAUGCUAUGAUAACUGAUAUACCUACAAGUGAGGAACCAGAACACUAUAACAAUACGAACACCAUAAGAGAUUAUUAUUUAAAGCCAGGUUACCACAGUCAUAAACAUGAUCGUCUUGAUGGAGAUCUUGAUGGCAAGAUAUCAUCUCAAGAAAUAUCAGGCUUGUUGAAUAAGAAGGAUGACGCUCUUGUGCCAUCUCACCGUUAUGACAAUACACCAGCUAUUAGGUCAUUUUGCCAGACCAUCAUAACAACUAGCGUGACAAAACCCGACGGCACCAUUGAGACACGAAGAAUAGUUAAAAAAGGCAAUGAUAUUGUUGAAGAAACAACUACAACGACCGAACCAAACAGGGAUCCGAUCAACAUUAACAUGAAUGCUGUUGCAUCUACUGGAAUCAUUUUGUCCGAGUUGGCAUCUUUAUUUAAAAACUUUUAUUGAUUUUGUACCUGGCAACACUAUAUGGCAUAAAUUUAGUAUUUUAAGAUUAUUAGACCUUCUGUUUUAAUUAUAUAGUUAGUGGGUGUCAUCCAUUUUAUUAAAGU